ACCAAAAGAUAUUAUUUAUUCACUAUAUAAUUAGAAACAACCAGAACAUUUCUAAUCCAAAUUUUUUGUGUAACGGAAAAGACUAAUAACCGUUAAACAAAGGUGUGUUUGCAUGGGCUGCUCUCUGUCGAAGAAGAAGAAGAAUGCAAAACGACCACCAGGAUAUGAGGAGCCUGACCUUCUUGCCUCUGUUACGCCAUUUACUGUAGAAGAAGUGGAGGCUUUGUAUGAACUGUUCAAGAAGCUAAGCAACUCAAUUAUCGUCGAUGAUCUUAUUCAUAAGGAAGAAUUUCAGCUGGCUUUAUUCAGAAAUAGAAACCGGAAGAACCUUUUUGCUGAUCGGAUAUUUGAUGUAUUUGAUGUGAAGCGAAAUGGAGUGAUCGAGUUUGGAGAAUUUGUCCGGUCCUUAGGCGUCUUCCAUCCAAAUGCACCUGUCCAUGAAAAAAUCAAAUUUGCUUUUAAAUUGUAUGAUUUAAGACAAACUGGAUUCAUCGAGCGAGAAGAAUUGAAAGAGAUGGUCAUUGCGCUUCUUCACGAAUCUGAACUUGUUCUUUCGGAAGAUUUGAUCGAAUUGAUGGUGGAUAAGGCAUUUAUGGAAGCAGAUCGCAAGAAGGAUGGGAAAAUUGAUAUAGAUGAAUGGAAAGAUUUUGUGUCCAUGAAUCCGUCACUCAUCAAGAAUAUGACUUUGCCAUAUCUAAAGGACAUAAAAGGUACGUUUCCAAGUUUCGUUUCAUCUUGUGAAGACGAAGAAUUGGAGUUGCAAAACCUAUAUUUCUAAGUGAAUUCCAUGCAGAUUGCGGAUAAAGAAAGAUAAAAAGACCUAGCUUCUUGAUUUCUUCGUCUUUUUAUACUUUGUCAAAUUUUGUACAAAAUUGUAAAGAGGAUUAUAAGCUAGGAUUUGAAAUUGGAUGUAAUAAACCAAUCCUGUUAAGGAUGUAAUCUUGUCUUGUGUAUAUAUUUGCAUACUUUGCUAACUUAAAUACUUUUAUGUAGAAGAUUCCUGCUGAAGUGGGACGGCUUGAUAUCAUCUCCAUAUCUCGAUGGCAAUGACACCUACUAAAUGAACAUAAAUUAAACUAAAUCCUCUCAACAAGUUGAGGAUGACUAGAUGUUUCUCUCUAUCGUUUUUCUUUGUUUGGCUUUACAAAGAAGGACAUCAGUGUGUCUGCAAGUUCAUGGAGCACCGUGGUGAAGUUGGACGAGAUCGUUUCAUGUCUUUGUGAACACUCUUCAGAAUAAAUCUGGAUUUGAGUAUUCAUCUUCAUCUUUGACAACUAGAUGUAAAACUCAUCCUCACCCUAAGCCGUGUCCAGUACACAAAUCAAACUCACAGCUUGUAAAACACAAGCUCGGACCUCUUGAGGCUGG